AUGCUGAGCAAGGCCUUCAAAUCACAAAGCAAAACUCUACUUUAACACUUCAGAAGAGACUUUGGUUCCAACCCAGGAAUUUUGGCUCGUAUCUUGAACACAGUUGAUACUAAAACAUCUGCCUACUCGAUGGCUAAGUACGAUCCCACCGGCCACAAACCAAUCGAGGCCAACGAUUAGGCUCCAGAGUACAACAUUACCACACUAUCCAACGGAUUCACUGUAUUGACAGAAAGUCAGGUCUUCCCAGGUGCAGUCAACAUGGGUUUCCUUAUUGAUGUUGGUACUAGAGAUGAGACUCACGAAACUUCAGGAGCCCUCCUUGCCCUUAAGAACACUUACCUCAAGACUUUAAAGCACACCAAUGAGACAAUCAACUAUGGUAUGAUCCAAAUGUCUGGUGGUGAUAUGGUUAUGGAUUACGAUCAAGAAAGAAUGUUCUUCAAGGGUCACUGCCUUGAGUAUGAUACUAUUGACAUGUUCCAAAUGCUUGUUGAUAUUGCUCUUGAGCCAAGAUCAGUUCUUGCUGCCAACGUUGCCAGAUCUAAGAAUAGAAAGAGUCACGAUCUAAGCAAGCAUCUUCACAAGUACGAUCCAUUCUCUGAGAAUUCAGACCUAGUCCUCAGAACUGCUUAUGGUUACAACACCCUUGGUAUGCCAAGACUCGGACUUGAGCACAACAUUGAUAACAUUGAUGCUAGAAUGCUACAACAAUUCAUUAUGGACAACAUCACCCCAAGAAAAUGUUUGAUUGUUGCCUCAGGUGUCCAAAAUCACAAGGAGUAUGUUGAUCUAGUCAAGGAGAGACUUGGAGAUCUUCUCCCAGUCCCAGAGCAUCUCUAUAAGAGAACUGCUUCAGAGUACAUCGGUGGUGAAUACAGAAGCUGGACUGAAAGCCCAUAAACAAACAUUGUCCUUGCCUUCAACUCAUCCCAAUGGAACCACGAAGACACUGCUGCUCAUCACGUUAUGCACUCCCUCAUUGGUAACUCUGCCCACGGAAAGAACAGAGCUUACAACUUACUAAAGAGCCACAACUUUGUUGAUUCAGUUGAGUCACUCAAUAGCCAUUUCUCUGAUUCAGGUAUCUUCGGUAUUCAAAUCCAAGGAGCUGGUUCUCACUCCCAAGACCUACUCCACGUUGCUCUUGAGGAACUUGCUAACCUCAGAAACGGAGUCAGCGAUGAAGAACUUGCUAGAGCCAAGAAUAAGCUCAAGAUGCAAACCCUCACCAACCUCGAGAAGUCAGAGGACAGACUUGAAGAAAUCGCUAAGAACUUCCUCACCUUCGGAGAUCUCACCUUCCAUCAAUAUUGCGACCAAAUCGACAAGGUCACCAGUGAGGAUAUCAACAGAGCUGCUGGCAGAACCCUCUCAACCAAACCAACAAUGGUUGUCACAGGUGGUGCUAUAAACCUCGUUCCAACAAUCACUGACGUUCAAAGACAGCUUCAAUGA